AUGACUACCAGAGAUUCUACUUUCUCAUAUGUGCAUCUAGAUGACCCAAACCAAGUUAUUUAUAUGGAAAAAUGGGAAGAUGACCCUAUACCAUUCAAUGAUAUUGAUACACAAUCGUUGAUAGAAGCUACAACAAACUUGUUUCCUCAAUAUUUACUAGAAGAAGAAGAAGAUAGUGGUUUACCAAUAAGCUCGUCAACAUUUGGUACAAAAGUAUAUAAGAACAGGAAUCUCUUGAAGGAUAAAGCUUGGAGUGAUUUGGCAAUAUUUGAUAAAUUUAUGGAUGAAUCAAGUUCGUUGCAUAAACUAAAAGAUAGGACGAUUUUGAAAUCUGUGUACACGAAACUGACUAAUAAUACAUAUGAAUCUGUUGAUGAGCCAGAGGAGUAUAAUAUUGCAGAGUUUUUAUCUAAUGGUUAUAAUCCUAAUGACACAAUGGAUAUACUCUCACCUCCAGACAUGGUCAAUGAUAGUAUAAUGGGAAAUAACGCAGGCGAUAUUUCGAUCAAUUCUACAUCUGACUUGUUGGCACCAGGAAAUAAUACAUUUUCAAUGAAUUUAAGAACUAAUUCUGGAAAUACUUCGAACCAUCAGAAUGCUGUAAUGCAAACUCCUAGAAUUGGAAGAUCAAGACAGCCAUCCACUGACAAGAUCUUUCAGACUCCUGUAACAAGAAUAAUGAGAUAG